UUCGACAUCUCGUUCAGUUCACUACGGACUACAGCUCACACUCUCGCAUUGGCAUUCGCAUUUCUAAGGACCCCUACGCAUCGCCUCAUCCAUCUCCGUCUCGACCCAACCCCGACCGCUAUGCUCAUGUCUGGAUACCCUUGUAUUAAAUAUAUAAUACUCCUCAUCUCCGUUGCGUUGAUUGACGCCGCGUGUGGCCUGGACCAAGCGCCGAGAAACCCCCGAGUCCCAGGAAAACGAACGGAUCAAGCGCUUUGUGUACCCUGCCAAGCCCGUCUACGCGCAUGCGUUCCGGACCCAGCUCGACCCGCCAUUGGCGAGCCCGAGUGUGAUCCUGAUCGCCGAUACCUGCCGCGUGUCGUUCGCCGUACGUAGUCGUGGCGCGCGCAGUCCGCUCUGCAUGCAUAUGGACUCUGUCUUGUCUUGGAGGCUGGAAGCAGCGGCCGCGGCGCGUCGAUGAAAGGACACCUCGAGGCGACGUCGUGCGAUUCAUUUGUUUUUGUUG